AUGGAAAAAAGUAGCCAAAUGGAGUGCAGGAAAAAGAGCGUCGACGUCAUUGGGCCCAUCGUGGAGCCGACAGGGACUGAACGAGUCGGACAGAUUCCCGCGAACCGAAGUAGCCCAGCAGAGCCGCACAUUUACCAACAAGGCUGUGUUGAGGGCAAGGUCAAUGAAUACCCAGUGAGCCAGGAGGAGGCUGCCAUGUAUUCCAAGAUAAGCACUCCCUGUUACGUCUGGUUGGAUCAUGCUGGAGAUCCGGAGGGUAGAUUUGUGUCGGGAUUGGGAUCGCCGAAAAUGGCUGGAAGCCUUCCCGAAUUGCCGCGCGUGCUCGGUACCCCAUAG